UAGAGAUCCUGGCGCCGAGCGACAGGUGCCGGAACAAACAGGCGGUGAGAAAUCGCGGACGCGGAACCAUUUCUUGGGCAGGACUUCCGGCGGAAAAGCGGGCUGUCUCGGAAACUCAGAGCCGGGUUCCUCCCGGGUUUCUGCCGGGUUUCUCCCUGCGGUUCCUGGGCUGUUGAGACUCUUGUGAAGAUGGCUUGCGCUGCCGCGCGGUCCCCUGCCGACCAGGACAGGUUUAUUUGUAUCUAUCCUGCUUAUUUAAAUAAUAAGAAGACCAUCGCAGAGGGAAGGCGAAUCCCCAUAAGUAAGGCUGUUGAAAAUCCUACAGCUACAGAGAUUCAAGAUGUAUGUUCAGCAGUUGGACUUAACGUAUUUCUUGAGAAAAAUAAAAUGUACUCUAGAGAAUGGAAUCGUGAUGUCCAAUACAGAGGCAGAGUCCGGGUCCAGCUCAAACAGGAAGAUGGGAGCCUCUGCCUUGUACAGUUCCCAUCACGUAAGUCAGUAAUGUUGUAUGCAGCAGAAAUGAUACCUAAACUAAAAACAAGGACACAAAAAACAGGAGGUGCUGACCAAAGUCUUCAACAAGGAGAGGGAAGUAAAAAAGGGAAAGGAAAGAAAAAGAAGUAACCUAGUAUCAGCAUCAAGUAUGUGGUACUACUGUAAGAGACAUGAAUGGAGACUUCUAAUUUGUAUCGGAGGGAAACAGAAGCUUUUUGUUUGCAUCAUUUAACUGAACUGUGAACCCUUGUGCCUCUCAUCUUUAUCAUCGGAGUUGACAGUGAAACAAAUUUACAUCAGAAGUUUGCAUCUCGCUUAUAUGCCAUAUAAAAGAAUUUUUUUGUCUUUCAAUGCAGUUUUUUGGAAGAAAAUAUUUUUAAAUGGACAAUGGACUGUACAAUAAGUUACUUGAAAUAAGUUGUUUCAGAUAAAUUUCAAUUAGAUUUAAAAUAAACAUUUUGUCCACCUUUUAAGUUAAUGAAAUAAAAUUUGAAACUGACUUUUGAAGCUUUUGCUUAUAUACUAAUGCUAGGAGAGGAGGGAUAAUUAAGAAUAAAAUAUGUAGUGAAAGUUUCCAUAGUGUGAGCCUGAAACUAGAAGAAACUGUGGUAGGUCCUUUUGUGGGUGGGGGACAGGGGAGUCUGUAAAAAGCCAGUCUGUAGAUCAUAUUUUAAUAUAUUACUGUAAUCGAAUCGUUCAGUUGUUUUUUGACAUGGAAAGUCCUGGAUUUUAAGCUUUAAAUUUGCUUAUUUUGUAGGUUUAAGAACAUGAUUUUCAUGGGAGUUGUAAAAUUAACUGUGCUUUAGCACCUUGAGGUACACUUUCCUUCAACAAAUGAAAUUGGAUUGGUGCUCCAGAAUUUCAGAGCGGUUUCUGAAAGUAGUGAUUUUGAGCUAUCCCAAUUCCUGUUCUUCCUGAGGCCUGGUUUAGCUCUUCCUUGAAUUCUGCAAGCUAUCUCAUAUUUUCAGUAAAUUCCAUUUUUUUUAAGU